AACGACCACUUGGAGGAGCUUCUUCGCGAAGCGAAUGGAGAGCUGGGCCAAUUACGACGGCGUAUCGACGUUGAAUUGACUGAAGCAGCGAACGAGCGUCGCGCAGCUGAGGAGGCGCUGGCACGGGCUCACAAUGAACUCAGUACACUAACAGACGCUAAGUUAAGCUUGGAAGCUGAGAUCCAAGCCUACCGUAGACUUCUUGAGACUCAAGAGGGUGUAAUUAAUGAAAGCCGUGCUAGUAGCCUCACUCGGGGGCCACACCAAUCAGGUCAGACCCGUGAAGAUAGCCCACUGCGGUCUCGCUCUGUUAGUCGACAGCGUGUCCUUCCACCAGCGUCGAAGCCAGCAUCGUCGAUGGGUAGGACAUCUCCCACUCAGAAUUUGUCUGCUGGACUACAAAGUGAUUACAUGCGCCCCAAGGCAACCUCUCAAAUUCAGCAUCAACAAACUCAACCACAGCAGCAGCAACAACAACAGCAUCAACAAAAGCAUAUGAUGUCACAUGAUGGAAGGCAAGCCUUCAUGUAUUCUCCCCUCAAUUAUUAUAAUAAAGAAAGGGAGUUUAUUUGCAAAUAUAAUUCGCCAAAAAAAUAUAUACAAUGA